CCUCCCGAACCAGGAAGUGAACGGAGUCCAACAAGACUGCCUGGGCACACGUGAGGUAACAACCCAAAACACACAGGUGACGCUGGAAAAAGAUGGAUAUUACAGAAGUUCCCACGAAUCAGAGCAGCAAAGGCAAGAAAAAGAAAAACAAGAAGUCGGCGAAAGCCAAGACGAAGGUUGAAAACAUGGAGGUGGAAAAAGAGAGCAGCGCCGUGGAGAAGAAGCCCGAGCCAGCGGCUACGUUUCCCCCCACAUUCAGUGUGUCUGAGAUCAAGAACAAACAGCGGAGACACCUCAUGUUCAUGAAGUUCAAGCAGGAGAAGAGGAAGCAAAAACUUCAAUUGAGGAAAAAAAAGAGAAAAGAAAGGGAAGCGUUGGGUGACAAGGCGCCACCAAAGGAGGUCCCCAAAACGAUAGAAAACCAGAGAGUGUUUGAUGAGACAACAGUUGAUCCAGAGGAUGAGGAGGUUGCUUUUGAUGAGGGAACAGAUGAAUUUUCAGCAUAUUUCAACGGGCUAACGAAUCCCAAAGUGCUCAUCACGACAUCAGACAGACCCAGAGGGAGAACAAUGAAGUUUUGCGAGCAGCUGGCCACUGUCAUCCCAAACGCUCAUGUUUAUUAUAGAAGAGGACUGGCCCUAAAGAGGAUCAUUCCUCAGUGUGUUGCCAGGAACUUCACGUACAUGAUGGUCAUCAAUGAGGAUCGCCAAGUGCCCAACGGUUUGGUUCUCUGUCACCUUCCUGACGGGCCAACUGCGCACUUCAAAGUCAGCAGUGUUCGACUACGUAAAGAGAUGAAGAGACGAGGUAAAGACCCAACCGAACACUAUCCAGAGGUGAUCCUCAACAACUUCAGCACCCGCCUUGGACACAGCAUCGGUCGUCUGUUUGCUGCCCUCUUCCCACAGAACCCUCAGUUUGUGGGUCGCCAGGUCGCCACCUUUCACAACCAGAGAGACUUCAUCUUUUUUAGAUUCCACAGGUACAUCUUCAAGAACGAGAAAAAAGUUGGUAUUCAAGAGCUGGGACCUCGGUUCACUCUGAAACUGCGAUCUCUACAGAAGGGCACGUUCGACUCGAAGUACGGAGAGUACGAAUGGGUGCUAAAGCGCCAUGAGAUGGAUGCCUGCAGACGGAAGUUCCAGCUUUGAGAUCUCGCCGAUUGCGGUUCGAGGUCCAACAAACAUUUGUGGACUUGCACAAAUUUUCUCCACAGGGUCUUGGAAACCUGUGGUAGCUGUACAGAGAUCCAGGUCUUAGUGAUGAACUGGCGCUGCCAUGUUCUCUGGAACCAGUUAAUGUAUAAACGUUUAAUAUUGUAUUCCUGUUUGACUUCAGUCAUCAUUAGGAGACUUUUUAGACUUUGCAGAAAUGAGUUGAAUAGUGAGAGAUGAUAGAAGAGACGUGUCUGGAUUUGACCGCUGUGUUAUAAAGUAAAAAAAAAAAAGGUAACUUUUUAACCUUUUUGGGUUAAGUUUGACCCAUUCUCAUGCUUAGUCAUAUCAAAAGUACAAUACAUUUUUAUUGUAACAAGGAUCCUUGUGUAUGCUCAGAAACAGCAGUUUUAACACAACAGAAUUAGUUUUCACUAAUUUAGUUAAUUCUAAAUGUCUGUUAAUAAAAACUUACUUAUGCUGUUUUGGGUAAACUAUGAGCCGGCAGCAUAAUGCAUACUGGCUUGUUGCAUGCAUCAACUUAACAGCUGGAAGUCAUUCUAUGGCACAUGUUUGCCUCUCUACAACCACAAAUGUUUUGUUUGCGUGAACCACCUCAGCUUUUGAUGCGGCGAAGCAGCGGCUCUACUCUGAGCUCCUCAUCUUAUCUCCACCCUAUUGUGUAAGCUUGUUUCAGUCGUCUGGGAUCUGGUUUUUUUGGGUUGUCACCAUGUGAAUAAAGCUCAAGACAGACCAAUAAA